UGCGGUUUAAAAUAAUGUAUUCCAAGUGGCACUUCAAUACAAUUAUAAAGAUAUGGUAAUUAGAUAUAAACAAGCAUUUCUCAUUCAACAACAUUAUUUUGAAAGUCACUACAAUGCGAGUUGCAAUAUUAUUGUUGUCUACAGCAGCUGCUGCAGUGGCUGUGCCCCGACGUUCAAUGCGUAUCGUCGGUGGCAACACAACCUCUGUUGAAGAAUAUCCCUUCAUGAGUAACAUGCAAUAUGGUCUUUGGGGUAUUUGGUGGUACCAGUCCUGUGGAGGGUCGCUGAUCACUACGAAAGCCAUACUAUCUGCUGCGCAUUGCUACUACUUAGACAGUCCAUCGUCAUGGCGAGUUGUUCUUGGGACGUCAAUGGCUUCAAGUGGCGGUGCUACGUACAAAGUUGCUGAGUUGAUAUGGCAUCCUCAAUAUGAUAGUUUAUCACUGGACAAUGACGUAGCGAUCGUCAAAUUACAGAGCGGUUCUAUACUUUCGAGUAAAGUAUCUGUAGCGCGUAUAGCUGGUCCUAAUUAUAAUCUUCCUGAUGGAACCGUUACUUAUGCCGUGGGAUGGGGUACUCUUUGGUCCGGUGGAGAGCCGGCAGAAGAACUGCAACACGUCGAUGUGAACGUAAUUAAUCAAGAAAUUUGUGCUGAAAGGUACGCGUCACUGCAGUCACAGCCGGGGAACGAAAAUUGGCCCGUAAUUACAGAUGGCAUGUUGUGUGUCGGCGUUCUGGACGAAGGUGGUAAAGAUGCGUGUCAAGGAGACUCGGGAGGGCCUUUGGUGCAUGAUAAAAAUGUUAUUGUUGGAAUCACGUCUUGGGGAUACGGCUGCGCUCAUCCACAGUACCCUGGUGUUAAUACUCGUGUAUCUGCAUUCACGGACUGGAUUGUCGCGAACGCUAAAUAGAUGGAACUUUCCUCAAUUAUAUAGGUAUUACUACCUACUCAAUAAGAUAGGUGAAAUUGUUAAAGGUGUAUGCGAAAAUAAAUACGUUGUUUUCA